UCCGAGCGCGGCCCUCGCCCGCCCUCGCCCGCCCUCGCCCGCCCCGCAGCCGGCCGCGAUGCUGUAGGGACCGGCCACGUCCUCCCGCCGGACCGUUAUCCGCGCCGGCGCCCGCCGCACCCGCCCGCAAGAUGCCGCGCUCCUUCCUGGUCAAGAAGCAUUUCAACGCCUCCAAGAAGCCCAACUACAGCGAACUGGACACACACACCGUGAUCAUUUCUCCAUAUCUCUAUGAGAGUUACCCUAUGCCUGUCAUACCAAAGCCAGAGAUCCUCAGCUCAGGGGCGUACAGCCCCAUUACAGUGUGGACUACAACAGCUCCGUUCCACUCUCCUCUUGCCGGAUUCCCCUCAGCCCUGGGGCGAAUGAGCCCCCCUCCUCCUUCCGACACCUCAUCCAAGGACCACAGUGGUUCGGAAAGCCCCAUUAGCGAUGAAGAGGAAAGACUACAAUCCAAGCUCUCAGACCCCCAUGCCAUUGAAGCGGAGAAGUUUCAGUGCAAUUUAUGCAAUAAGACCUAUUCCACUUUUUCCGGGCUAGCUAAACACAAGCAGCUGCACUGCGAUGCCCAGUCUAGGAAAUCUUUCAGCUGCAAAUACUGUGACAAGGAAUAUGUGAGCCUGGGCGCCCUGAAGAUGCACAUUCGGACCCACACGUUACCUUGCGUCUGCAAGAUCUGCGGCAAGGCCUUCUCCAGACCCUGGCUGCUUCAAGGACACAUUAGAACUCACACUGGGGAGAAGCCUUUUUCUUGCCCUCACUGCAACAGAGCAUUUGCAGACAGGUCGAACCUGAGGGCUCAUCUGCAGACCCAUUCUGAUGUAAAGAAAUACCAGUGCAAAAACUGCUCCAAAACCUUCUCCAGAAUGUCUCUUCUGCACAAACACGAGGAAUCUGGCUGCUGCGUAGCUCAUUGAUGCAACCAAUGUUUACUCAAACAGAUGCAUUUCUUCACUCCGACACCAAAUGACAAAUAAAGUCCAAAGGCAUUUUCUCUUGUGCUUACCAACCAAAUAAUAUGUAUAGACACACACAUACACAUGCAUGUGUGUGCACUCACAUACAUGUGCACAUACACAAGCUGCAAGAGCACGGAACCCAUGUGUUGAAAGAUAAUCCUUUCCAUGUGAAGUUGAAAAUUACUAUCUUUUUUUGCUGACAGCUAGAUUGAGAAGAUAAAAGACAAGAACCUUUCUCUUCAAAGAUGAAGUGAAAAGCACAUUGCAUCUUUCCUUACGGAAAAAGAAUGCAAAGAUUUACAUUGCUGCCAAAACAUUUCAACUGAAAAGAACAGUAUUGCUUUGUAAUAGAGUUUGUAAUAGAAUUUCCUAUAGGAAGAGAAUCUGCCAGACGCGAUCUCAGGUGCCUUAUAAAGUAUUCCAAGUUUACUUCAUUACUUGUCUGAUGUCUGGUUUGCCAUCAUUGAAUUAAAGCCUUUUUUUUUUUUUUUUUUUGGAUUACUUAUAAUGCUUUAAACUGUAUUUUUAAGAGAGGAAAAAAAUAAGAACAAGAAAAAAACA